CAUAACCAUAGUUCUCUUCCUCAUACACACAAAAAAACACAGCCUUACUUCUUUUUCUCUUUCUCAAAACACAUACAUACAAAAGCACAAGCUUAAAUAUCCUCACUUGAUGGCUGGAGGAGAGAAAAGAAGAGGACUUAGUAAAUCUUGUGCCCUUCUCAUAGUGAUUGCUGGGAUCGAAAGAUAUGCAUUCAAAGGAGUUGCAUCAAACUUGGUGACGUAUUUAACUGAUGUGGUAAAGAUGAGCAAUUCAAGAGCAGCCACGACUGUUAAUACUUGGAGUGGCUUCACUUUCAUGUUGCCUCUCUUCUCUGCUCCUUUAGUCGAUACUUACUGGGACAGAUUCUUCACCAUUCUAGCUUCUUCUUCUCUCUACUUUGUGGGACUAGUGGGAUUGACAUUGACGGCAUAUGCUGGGUCACGUUCCACUACUAAAACCAUAUCUCUUUACUUCCUCUACACUUCACUUAGCCUCGUCGCUCUCGGCCUAGGCGUCUUAAACCCAUCUCUACAAGCAUUUGGUGCUGACCAGCUUGACCACGACCUUGACCAUGACCAUAACCACGAACAAUCCUCAGAGAAAACAGAAGUCAAAUCGGACCGUAAGAGUCGGUUUUUCCAGUGGUGGUAUUUUGGUGUCUGCGCCGGUAGUCUUCUAGGAGUCACCGUCAUGGCUUAUAUCCAAGACACAUUUGGUUGGGUUCUCGGUUUUGCAAUCCCAACCGGUUCCAUGUUAUUAUUAAUCUUCUUGUUCCUAUGUGGCUGCGGAGUUUACGUCUAUGCUGAUCCAGGUUCAGACCCAAAAUCUAAACCGUUUCAAACGAUCUUAGAUACUAUCAAAGGAGCAGUGACGAGAAGAAGUAAGAUCACUCUUGAGAACAACCAUGAUUUGAAUGCCUUGGAGCUACAGCUGCAAGGGAAGCCUCUAUGUAACUGUAGCAACACUGAAGCUACUAGUACUGCUACUACAAAGAGCUUGGCUGAUAAUGAAAGCAGCAAGACCGGUUCCUCUGGCCUCCAAACCGUCAAGCUAUUGCUUCGGCUAUUACCCAUAUGGACGAUGCUUCUAAUGUUCGCAGUCAUAUUCCAACAACCGGCGACAUUCUUCACAAAGCAAGGUAUGGCUAUGAAGAGAAACAUCGGACCAAACUUCAAAAUCCCACCCGCAACGUUACAAAGCACUAUCACCUUGUCUAUAAUACUUCUCAUGCCCUUGUACGACAAAGUCUUGAUCCCGAUGGCCAAGAAAAUAUCCAAAAACGAAAAGGGAAUUACCGUCAUGACAAGAAUGGGAAUUGGUAUGUUCUUAUCCAUCAUUGCCAUUGUUAUUGCUGCCUUAGUCGAAAGAAAAAGACUAAAGAUAAGCAAAGAGAUAAAGACUUCACCAAAUACUACAGAACCACUGAGCAUAUUCUGGCUCUUACCUCAAUACAUUCUACUAGGAAUCUCGGACAUUUUCACGGUUGUAGGGAUGCAAGAGUUCUUCUACAGUGAGGUUCCGGUUAGAAUGAGAACGAUGGGGUUUGCGUUGUACACGAGUGUUUUCGGUGUGGGGAGUUUCGUGAGUGCAGCGUUGAUUUCGGUGAUAGAGAGUUACACGAAGUCAAGAGGCGGUAACUGGUUUGCGGAUGAUAUGUCGGAAGCUAGACUUGAUAAGUACUAUUGGCUUUUGGCUCUCACAAGUGCUAUUAGCUUUUUGAUGUAUAUUGUUAUUUGCAAGUAUUUUAAGAGUACUAGUAGUGAUCAUCAAAAUGAUGAUAAAUGCGAUGAGACUUGUUAAUAGACUAAAAACAGCUAGAAAUAGCUGUUUGGUAACGCUUUA